AUGUUUCUCAUGAACUAUACUCGGCCUGAUAUAGCUUAUGUUGUUAGUAGAUUGGGUAGAUAUACUCAUAAUCCCAGUAGGGAACAUUGGAAUGCUCUUCAUCGUUUGUUAAGGUAUUUGAGAGGUACUAUGGAUUGGUGUUUGCAUUUUAAUAAAUUUCCUGCUGUUUUAGAAGGCUUUUGUGAUGCAAACUGGGUAACUGACAAUGACGAAGUUGGCUCUACUAGUGGCUAUGUGUUUACUUUGGGUGCAGGUGCUAUUUCUUGGAAGUCCUCCAAACAGACUUGUAUAGCACGUUCUACUAUGGAGUAUGAGUUUAUUGCUCUUGAGUUGGUAGGGCAAGAAGUUAAGUGGUUGAGAAACCUUUUGGCAGAUGUGCCAUUGUGGGGAAGACAAGCUUCACCAGUCUCCUUACAUUGUGAUUUACAGGCGGCAAUUGGGAUUGCUAAGAACAGUGUAUACAAUGGAUAA